CAGAGGUGGAGGGUUUUCAUUCCCAGCAGUGCAUGAUGUAUCAGCCAGCAAUACUGGGUAGAAGAAUAAGCACGGUUCAACCAUGGAUGAUUGCACUUAUUGUCACAGCCAUUGUGUUGGUUUUGGCAAUAAUUAUUGGUCUCCUUGUUUAUUUUUUGUCAUAUGAUCAGAAGUCCCACUAUUACCACACCUCCUUUCAGAUUCCCAGUGUGGAAUAUAAUCCUGAGUUGUCAGUAGAACACUCAAAUGUUAGGACUUAUAUGAAAGAAAAAAUCAACAGUGAGAUAGAUAACAUAUUUCAAAGAUCCAGUUUAAAAGAUCAUUACAUCAAAUCUCAUGUUGUCAACUUUAGGCCAGGCAAAGAUGGUUUGAAAACAGAUGCAUUACUUAUGUUUCAGUUCCCUGCUAACAAUGCAGCCACAAUGAGAAAGCAAGCUGAUGACAUUUUACAUCAGAAGCUGAAUUCAAAUGAAAGCCUCUUGAUGAUCGAUACUUCAUUUCCUUACCUUAGAGUUAUCAAUGAAGUACAAGCAGAGCACAUUCUGAAUAGCUGUUGUGGUAUAGGAAUGGAAUACCCAUCCAUGGAAAGAAUUGCUGAUGGUCAAAUUGCAAAGAAAGCUGAUUGGCCAUGGCAAGCCAGUCUACAGAUGGAUGGUGUCCACUUCUGUGGAGCAUCUUUGAUCAGUGAAGAUUGGCUCCUGACUGCCGCCCACUGUUUUGAUACUUACAAAAACCCCAAACUAUGGAUGGCUAGUUUUGGAACAACCCUAAGCCCUCCACUGAUGAGAAGAAAUGUGCAGUCAAUUAUUGUUCACGAAAACUAUGCUGCCCACAAGCACGAAGACGACAUUGCUGUGGUGAAGCUCUCCACCCCUGUCCUAUUUUCUGAAGAUGUGCGCAGAGUGUGUCUCCCAAAUGCUACCUUUGAAGUCUUGCCUCAGAGUAAAGUGUUUGUCACUGGAUGGGGAGCAUUGAAAGUGAAUGGUCCCUUUCCCAAUACUCUACGACAAGUUGAGAUAGAGAUCAUAAGUAAUGAUGUUUGUAAUCAAGUUAAGGUGUAUGGUGGUGCUGUUUCAUCAGGAAUGAUAUGUGCUGGAUUCUUGACAGGAAAACUAGAUGCAUGUGAGGGUGACUCUGGAGGACCUCUAGUUAUUGCACAAAACAGAAACAUCUGGUAUCUCAUUGGAAUAGUAAGCUGGGGAAUAGACUGUGGGAAAAAGAACAAACCUGGACUUUAUACCAAAGUGACUCAUUAUCGGGACUGGAUUAAAUCUAAAACUAACAUCUAGUGCAACAACUACACUUACGUUCUAACUACAAAUGUCAUGUGUGGUUUCUAUCAGAUUGUGUUUAGUGUAGCUAAGUGCAUUGUCGUUGAAUUCAAGAUGCAAGUAACUGCGAUCUGACAACUUUCCCCUUGAACAGCUGGAAGGCUGUGUUUUGUUGACCAAGAGCAUAGGAGGCACUGCCAACUCCAUGAAGAUCUUCCAUUGCAUCCAAGUGUCACUAAUCACGUUCUUGUUCGCCUUCCAGUCACUAUUACUUUUUAGAGUAGUCUGGCAAUUCAACCCAGGCAAGGGGCUAAGCAAUCCACAUUUUCUCUGACACAUCAUACUUCCCUUCCCUGAUGGUUCCACAGUUUCUGUCUUCUUCAACAGA